UUUAUAACAAAUCAGUUCUGCUCAACCCGGGACUAGAGGGCGUGGACGGUAGCAUGCAUUUUCACUACCGUCCAUGAACAGGCUCAAUCAAACCGAGCCUGCAACAUUUUCGGGGUUUUUUUCGCGUUGAGCGACCCGUGAAGUUUCCACUUUUUCUAUUUUAAUCCCUAAACAAACAAACAAACAGACAAAUCAUCCUUGUCUCUGAUAUUACAAUACAGGAGCUUAAUAUAUGAAACUGAAGUUUGAAGUUGGCAUCUAAAAUGAAUUAUUUAAUUUGUUUGACACAAACAGGAUAGAUAUAUUUAAAACUAUGGAAACUUGAAAUGCAAUACAUAUAUAUACUUUUUCUAGUACGAUACAUUUACAAAUUUGUAUAAAAUAAUCGAACAAUUUCGAACAAUAUAUUAUAUGUAAUGCAGCCAAAGUAAGUUUAAGCGUGUAACAAAAAUUCAUAAUUGGACUUAACAUCUCUGACCUAAAGAGUUGUGUUAUCGUUUUUUUUUUAAUUUUGAAUAUGAGUAGUUUAAGUAUAUAACUUCCAUCGAAGAAUUUUGAUAGGAAACUUAUUCCGCUACUCUUUGUGGUAUAAAUUUAAAGUAGCUAAAUGCGUCUCCCCUGUCUCUCGCAGAUUUUUGAAUUUCAUAUCUGAAAAGUCAAACUUCCAUUAAAUCAUCGCAUUAACAAUAUUAAACUACUGUCUGUUUCAAUUAAUUUAGUGCAUUUUUAUUCCCGUUUUAUUUUACAAAUUCAAUGACGCUGCAACUUAUGCACAUAUUACCACGUAAUGAGAUCCCAUCAACUAAAAAGGAAUAAAGACUUACUUUGCGGCGUUCAUUACGCUUCAUAUAUUUUAAGUUCAUUUUCCAACAGUAUUGUAGAUAUAUUUUUUGCAUUUAGCAGUGUUUAUAUUACGAUGCAAGUGUAACAUAAUGAGCAACAUGUUUUUUGUCUGCAAAACUAGCUUCAGUAUCUUAUCUUAGACUAGUAAAUCUUUUGAAGAUUACUAGGAUUUCUUUACUUGUACAGUCGAACUUCGAUGGCUCGAACUCGAGGGUCCUGUGGAAAUUAGUUCGUGUUUUCCGUUGUUCGAGCCAUCCAAAUGGCGGCCAUUUUGAAUUCGAGGGCAUGAUGUGUUACAAACCUUACACCGUAAUCAUAUUGUCAUAUUGUACCUAAAUGCGUGUACGAUACGAUGAUAAAUAAAAAACGAACGCUGAAAUAUGCUUUAUUAUUUAUUUUCAAACAUGACAUAGAUACGGAAAAAAAACACAGAUAAAACACUAAUAUAAUUAUAAGAAUUUGGUGAAGACAGCAUCAUACAGAAAGACAUGAAUAACAAACCUUUUUGAAUCAUAGUCCAGUACAAAUAUUAUCAAAUAUAUUGCUUUCCAGUAGCCGACUUAGCUAUCCCCACGUAUCGGGGUCCUUUACUAAGUUGUUCAGCCAUGCUAAAGCAGUAUGAAAGUUGACGUCGGAUCUCCCGUUUUUAUGCAGAAAAAAUAAAGACAGACGUAGUAUGUACAUUGCUCAAUCAUUUUAAAUAAUUUUAUUCGUAUAAAUCAAAGCCCAUUAAAGCAUUGCAGUGAACGAAAAUCACUUUGUUUAAUUUGUUUGUCGUAUACCGACGCAAAUUACGUAAGCGUGUGAAAAUUACGCACGCGCCGGUUAAAGGGGAAGCUUGGCGAAUGUCAGGCAAAAGUGUGAAAAACUUUGUAAAUACAAGCCAUCCCCGCAAAAAUUGUCUGUUCGACUGAAUAGGUGUAAUUAUCACUGUAAUUAAGCCAAGGGGACCACCAAAUGAAUUCGAGAGUUCGAAUUAUCGAAGUUCGAGCGAUCCGAGGUAGAACUAUAUAGAAUAAAGAAGGAAUAAAUUCGGGACCGGGCGAAGAAUUCGAGCGAUCCCGGGUGUUCGAAAGAUCCGAGUUCGAGCCAUUGAAGUUCAACUGUAUGUCUGAAUCAUGAAAUGGUAUCAUGUAUGUUAACCUGACAUCCGUUUAUUGUAAUUGUGGAAGAAAAUUGUUGAUAAUUUACGAUUAUAUAAACAUGCAUGAUAUCAUCUACAUUUGUCUGGUGAACAUUUAUAGUAAAUAACAUCGCGUCUGCAGUAACUGUUAUUAUAUGAAUGACAAUUAUGAAAUAUUUUCUAAGCUUUAGGAUGCCUGAUUAUGGCACUAAGAUCCACACUGGUGUAGACCGUAUCUAAGAGUUUCUAAUAUGCGUAUGCAACAGAAAUGUGUUAUCACUCACUGUACUGUAAUUAAGCAAUAGGGCUAAAACUUGUUGUCGGAAUAAUCUGCAAAAUGUGAAUACACAAACACAAAGAAUUUAGGAAAGCAUUUGGUGAAAUGUUUAAAUUGCUUACCCCUUUUUAUAAGCAGAGAGCAGCUGUUGUUUGUGUCAACUGAGAAAUAAUAUUGUAACACUGUAAUUGCAUAAAGUUGGUAGCAUGUAUACAACUUUUUUCUGUAUUAAAUAACAUUAUUUGAGAAAUAUCAUGCUAUCCAAUACUUCCAAUUGCUUAUUUUCUCUUAUAGGUAAUAUAUGUAUCUGCCAGAUGGCUAUGUUUUUAUUUGUUUACUUGUUGAUGUAGUAACAUUUGCUCUAGAAGAGGCCUCGGAUACAGUACUAAUAAACUUCAUUAACGAAUGUGAGUGGAGAGUAGGUUGGAAGGUACCUGCAGUGCUAUAAACGGAUUUUCAAUUUUAAGUACAGUCAAACUUGCUUGAGGGACCACGUUUACUUAAGGACCACUUGCAUUAUGAGAUCUGAAAUGUGCGCAACAACUGAAGUAGGAUACUGAAAUAUCUCACAAACGCCUCACAGUUGUAACGUCGUAUCGUGUAUUUGUGGUGUUGUCUAUUUCAUAAUUACUUUAUAUAACAACCCUAUUCGAAAAUGAAAAUGGAAGACAUAGUUUCUAAACUGAGAUUAGAUUCUACUGGAAAGCCUUGUAAUUCCUACAGUUUAAGCAAAUUGAAAGAGGGAGAUAAAAAGUAAUGACCGAGGUAAAAACAAUACCGAUCGAGGCAAAUGAGGCAGAAAAAAUGUCCGAGGCAAGACUUGUCUCGGUUGCUUCUAUAGUCGCUACGGCCAUGAUUGCACAUAUCAUAGUCGUUGUUUUUGUAAACUUUGUCAAAUAUUAACAAAACAAAAGCACGUAAUUUCGUUAAGCAUCAAGGUUACCCAAAAAUCAAAAGUAAAAAAAAAAAAAAAAAAAAAAAAAAAAAAAAAAAAAAAAAAAACAAGGUGCAACUUGGUGCUGUCCGUUAUGGGCAAGUUAUGUCAUCUGCGAGAUAAAACUGUUUUGACACAAACCAUACAUUAGACUGUCAGAUUUAUACCGACAAAUAUACACAAUAUGUUCAAAGCGCACUAUUGGUUAAUUAUGAUGCUUUUAAUUUUAGUGUUUUACCUUAAUUUAACCGUUUCAACUAAAUGAAUUUACGUCCAAUUGAUAUCGCUGUUACGCUUUUUUCUUAAAUAUAUAAUAAACAUAAAACAUUAUGUACAGUUUAAAUUAUUACCAGUCAAUAUCUGGCAGAGACAGAAACAAAAAAAGCAAGUGUAAUAAUAGAAUCAUGUAGGUUCCUGAAUUAUAAUUUCCUGAGUUUAAGUUCAAUGACCUUCUUUUAAGUAUUAUAGAAUUGCUUGAAAAAAAGCCUUUUUGGAACAUCUAUCGCAUUGAAGAGGUGACCUGUCUUUGGGGGAUAUCAUUUACAGUAUUAAUUUUGUGACGUAUUGUUAGAGAAAGUUGGUACAAUAUUAACGUUGUAACCAGCUUUUGAUAUCACUAUGUACAAAACUAAUGUAUUGAAUUGUUUUUGAAGAAAGUAGGUACACUUUUUACAUAGUGAACUGUUUUGAGGAAUGGUGUUGCAAUUUUAACGUUACAAGUAACCUGAUUUUAGGCAGACAGUUGCAAUAUUUAUGUAGUGAUCUGUUUUAGAGAAAAGUUGAUACAUAUUUAACGCAGUGACCUGCGUCUGAAGAAAGUUGCUGCAAUAUCAAAGCUGUGACCUGUUUUUGGAAAAGUAUAAUGAUGCAAUAUUAACGUAGUGACCUGCUUUGGAAGAAUGUUGGUGCGUUGUAAACUGUUCUGGGAAAAGUUGGUGCAUCUGUGACCUGUUUUUGUAAAUGAGAAAAUUAGGUACACUAUAAUCAUUGCUGUCUGGCACCGUCGCUUUGUAAGACCAGCCAGUGGAUUUCAGCCAAAAGACAGAAUUGUCUCAAAAUAUUUAACAUGCCUUUCGUUUCAGUGACCGUUCUAUUAUCCUUUUUUUUACUGGUAUUAUCUAGUAAAUGUUUGAAACAGAUCCGAGGAUAUGGGAACCGCAGCGUCUCUUUAAAAGUGAUUUGACAAAGGAGUUGAUGAGUUUCAAGUUUUUUUAUUAUUUCAUUUUCAACUUGCAGUUAUUUAAACUUAUUUUAUUUUCUUUGGUAAACUUUACUGGUUUUAUAAAACGACAUUGACAUUUCUAAGUUGAGAUUUGUUUUACAAAAGAAUUUAAAGUGUUUAUACCACGGUGUUUUUUCCCCUAAAACGAUGAAGUACAUGUUGUAACAAUUGUAACAUAGAGAGGUUAUAGACAAAAUAUGUAUGCACCUCAAUAAAAGAUAUCUGAAGCAAAGUAUAAUUAUUAUUAUUAUCAUAACAGUACCUUAGUGUACAAUGUUGCAUUGGGCUCGAGUGGAUUUUGCCAGGCCUUGAUUCUAUAAGGUGCUUGCGCCGAGUGUGAGCAGACCAGGAAAAAUCCACGAGAACCGAAUGCAUUAUUGAAGAUCAAGGUACUUUUUCAAUAUAGCAGAGAAAACUGAGUAUAACUUUAGAUAGAUGAAACUGAAAUUUUGUUUUAACCGGUAGACAUUUUGAAGUAUGGAACAUCGAGACGCCAUCAUUACGUCAUUUCUGAUUGAAUAUUUUUCCAUUUCCGACGGGAAUGGAAAACAGGCUUUUGUAUUCGUUAUUGAAAUACAUGCUGUAUCUGAGACAUAAUUCGUAGUUUUAUAAUAAACCUUUUUAUUCAACGUACACGAAAGGCAAGUAUAUAUGCAUUUCGCACCAGAUUCUUGCAAUGCAAUUUUUGGUAAAAUUGGAUUAAUAAAUUGUAGCGGGCAUAGACACGUCAAUAUAUACUUUGAGAGGUGCGAUACUACAUAUGGUGGCCUUUCCUGACAUACAUGACAAGGUGCAAGAAGAAAUUGAAAGAGCUGUUGGCAGAGAUAGACUGCCUGGCAUUAAUGACCGGCCUAAUCUUGGUUACACGGAAGCUGUGUUGCAUGAAAGUAUGCGUCUGGGAACAGUAAGUCCAUUAGGAAUAUCACACAUGACCAUUUGUGACGCUGAAGUUGCUGGGUACAGGAUACCUAAAGGAGCAACAAUUAAUGUCAAUCAAUGGGCCCUACACCAUGAUCCAGACGCUUGGGACGAAGCUGAUCGUUUCAUUCCUGAACGAUUUUUAGACGAGAAUGGAAAACUCGGACCUAAACCAAAGAACUGGCUGCCAUUUUCAGCAGGACAGAGAGUAUGCCUAGGAGAAUUCGUAGCUAAACCGAAGCUGCAUUUGAUCUUUGCAUGCUUGAUGCAGCGUUACAAGUGGAGAAUGAUAUCUGGAAAAUGCCCGGAUUUAACAGAAGUUUGCGGAAUAUAUGGCCUCAGCUACAAACCGUAUAAGGUCAUCAUAGAAAAAAGAACAUGUUAAAUAAUUAUAAGAGUUCGAAGUAGCAGAAAGGCUAAAGGUAUUCAAACUUCUCUCAUUCUGAUACCAGUUACGGUGUUACCAAUGGCAUAGCUGUAUAAUGUACGUUAUAUGUGCGUAAUGUUAUCACAUUUUAUAGAAAAGCCUUAAAAUGAUAUAAUUACACCAGAAGAAUGGUAGCUAAAUAGCUUUACCGUAUCCUGACAUGAAAUGCAUGACUACAUAUUAAUGUAUUGUGUUUAACAAAUAUUCCAGUGUUCGCUAACUUGCACACAGUAAACUGUUUAUAAUCAGAAAUAGAUUAACAGUAUAAGAUGGCAUGGAGGCUGCUGUAGAUUUCAUCGCACCCGGCUGUUAUCGGAUGAUUAAAUCAGAUUUUUGUAACAAUGUGAUAUGCUGUUGUUUGCAUAUGUUUAGCAAAGCGUGUUUUACUUAAAUCAAUACACUCAAAAUCGGUUAUACGUCGCCAGAAUAAUUCACUCAAGCUACGCUUUUGUGUAAUUAUUUCGCGAACGUAUAACGUCUUUUUCGUGUUUUUCUAAUAUGUGUUUCGAAGCUGUAUAAUCCUAUCUCUACAAAGCAAGGGAAUAUAUUGAAGAUUUUUUAAUACAAAAGGACUUUUGUUUACAUCCGCGAAAACUGAUGGCAAAAUAACUGGAUAAAUGUUAGUGUACAAACUAGUCAAACAUAAUCUGACAAAUAAGUAAAUAACAUUACAACAAAAGCAAAAGUUCAGCAAAACCCACCUCUGGUAUCCAUAUGGAGAAACAUUCCCUGGCUAUGUAGAGAUAACAACGGAGUAAGUUAAAACGAUUUAUUCUAAAUUGUUUAGAAUAUUUAAUUACUUAGUUUUUCUGCAUUCCCACUGUUUUGGCUUAUGACAGCUAAUAGGGUCAACCUUGAUUAUUUGUCCAACAGAAAUGUAUCCGGUGUAUGUCAUAACACAUGAGAAAAAUGUUCAUUUUUAUAUGCCUAAAUAACUAAUUAUAAACUAGCUAGAAAUGCCUUUUAUGUGUGGACAAGCCAUCUGUGAAAUGUUAACGUGUUGUAUAUUCUUAAUUUACAUAAAGUACAUCGUUUGAGCAUGCAAUGUAAUCAUGCACCUGUUAAUCUGUUGACAUGUUACUAUUGAUUUUCUGUGCUAAUCACAUUCGGAUGUUCUAAUCUAUUCGAAGUGAGAUAAUUGAUUAUACUCACAAAAUGAUCGAGAAAAUCUGUCAGCUAAGAAAUGCGCACUAUUUUACAAACUCUGUAUAUCUAAAAUCUUAAGGCUGCUUUAGAAAUUUAGCCGCCUCACCAACGCACAAAACUGAAAUACUUUAAAGAGUUAACAUCUGUAAAUGGAAUAUACAGCUUCGAAUGGUGCAUUUUAUUUGUUUUUAUAUUACAUAUUAAUGGAAUGUAAGACAGAUAUUUGUAUUAAUAUAUAGCUUGAAUAAGAGUGAAAGGUUGUGACGUUAAAUUUGCAAACACAAGAGGUGGGAUAGCUUUUGAUCGAAGCUGCACACUAUGGUACCAAACAAGUAUAAUAACCGGUAUCUAUAAAGUUUAAAUUAAUUCAGUCGUAAUUUUUUUAACAAUGGAGAGUCCCGUUUAUUGGUGUUUUACACCUGGCACGCUAAAGAAACAGGAAAUCUCCUAGAAUUGGAGUGUCUUCAGUAUCUCCCACUCCGAUUGUGUAUGAAAAUGUUAAAAGAAAGCAAAACUUUUGAACAAAUUAGAUGACAAUCGCCUUCUUAAUACUCAUCUGCCGACAACAGCACAAUCACAUUGUUAAAAAGUCUCUUAGUUAAUGUUUUAAUAAUAACCAGACGUGUUGAAACGUAAAGAAGCUUUUAUGUCAUGUUACACUGUGAAUCAAUUGUUGGCGAAUUAGCAAAUACUGGAAUAUUUUCUGUUACACAUUUCCUUAGUUAAUAAUAUCAGGAUAGGGUCAAGCUAU